AUGAACAUGGCGAAACGCUCACAAAUACCAGAGCUCGAACCCGACGGGCCACAUCUAGUCUAUCUGACCCUGUCGUUUUUCUUGAUUAUAUACGCCCUCUUUUCCGAGUUGAUGAGGAACAGACUCCACCUGUCCGAACCUCCCUUGGCAACCUUGACCGGAAUCGCUCUCGGUCCCCUCGCCGCCGACGUCUCGGGAGCAAACAAGUGGGCGUUCCAGGACAACAUCACCCAGGAGCUGGCGCGCGUCGUCACCUGCGUCCAGGUCUUUGCCGUGGGGCUCGACCUGCCGAGCGCCUAUGUCAAGCGGCACUGGAGAGGACUCCUGGUGCUGCUGGUGCCCAACAUGAUCUUUGGCUGGCUUGUCUGUACCGUCAUCAUCAAGCUGGUUAUUGGCAUCAGCUGGAGUCAUGCCUUCAUUAUCGCAGCCACAUUGACGCCAACGGACCCGGUCUUGUCGGCCAGUGUCUUGAGUGAGACGAAAUUCUCCAUGCGAAUUCCAAAGAGGAUUCGGUACAUUUUGGCCGCCGAGUCCGGUUGUAAUGAUGGAACAGCCUUUCCUUUCUUGUACGCGGCCAUAUUUGCCGUGACUCAAAACAGCAAGUCGGAAUGGGCUAAAAUGUUCUUCCUCGAGACAAUUCUAUGGCAGUGCACACUAGGAAUCGUCGUCGGAGCCGUCAUCGGGUUAGUUGCAAAUCGAUUGUUGCGAUUCAGCGAAAAGAGGGGCUACACGCAAGAGGCAACACUGUUUGUCUUUUACUUUCUGCUAGCCAUCUUUGCAACGGGCGUCGGGAGCACACUGGGCCUAGACGACUUCCUCGUCGCCUUUACCGCGGGCGCCGCCUUCUGCUGGGACGGCUGGUUCCGCGAAAAGACGCACAAGAUGAAAUUGCCCAGCAUUAUUGACCUGCUUCUCAACUCGGCAAUGUUUGUCUACUUUGGCACCAUUAUCCCCUGGGACAAAUACGUCGGCUUUGGCAGGCUGAGCGCGUGGCGGCUGCUGGCGGUCACCGUCCUGGUCCUGCUGUUCCGCCGCCUGCCCUCGAUUGUCCUGUUCAAGCGUCUCAUCCCAGAGACCCGGACCUGGAGCGAGGCCAUCUUUGCCGGCCACUUUGGUCCCAUGGGCGUCGGAGCCAUGUUCUUGGCCAUGGAGGCGCGCGCGAGGCUGGAGACGGGCUCAUCGACGCCCGAGCCGCACCCGCCCAGCCACGGCCCUCACCACGAGGCCAUCAAGCACAUGUGGCCGAUUGUCAGCUUCAUCGUUCUAGGAUCCAUCAUGGUGCACGGCUUCUCUGCGGCCAUCAUGAGCGUCUACGGCCACCUCACGAGAGAUCCAAAGCGGCGCGCCUCGCAUGUCGGCGGUGAAAACGAUAGACUCGCUGGCAUGUGUUCCGAGGACGAGCCGGGACUUUCAUCUAGCGAAGAUGAAUAUGUCGAGGACAGGAUCGAGGGAAUUGGGCAGAUAUCGAUACGUUGA